AUAAUGGGACCACCUUCCAGGAGUCAUUUGUCAACUAGUCCCAGCGUUCAGUUUUUUUGCCACCGACAACUCACCUACGCUCUACAGGGAAGGAAGGACACUUCUCUCUAAUUCUCUCCUUUUUGUUUAUACGCUCGCAAAAAUCUACCCCUCUUUUUACACUCCUAAGAGGCGUGAGUGUCUUGAUCCGUUCUUCUAGUCUAUCAUCGCUGGCCACUGUCGGGAGAGAUAGAAUGGUGGUACUGUGAAUGUGAGUGGAGGAAGAAUCAAGCCAAGCAGCCACAAGAUCGCCAUGAAGAAGGUCACACUCAAUCUGUGUAGCUCUUGCAAGAAGUGCCGAGAGAAGGUCCUGGAGAUCCUCAAGCACACCGCAGGUGUCAAGGAGGUGGAGUACGCCCCCAAGAGCGGCAAGAUCGUCGUCACCGGCGAGGUAACGCUCGAGGACAUCCUCGCGGUGGUGGAGCGAUUCAAGAAGAAGAAGAAGCUUGUCUUCCUCUCCAUCGAGGAUCUCCCGCCGCCGCCAGAGAAAGAAAAGGAGAAGGAGAAGGAGAAGCCCAAGCCCAAGGAUCCCCCGCCCGCCGCCCCCACCCCUCCAUCGCCCAAGUGCUGCGACCACCGCCACGGCCACCACCACUGCAAGUGCCCGUGCCACCACCACCACCACCACAAAUCGCCGCCGCCAACGCCACCGCCACCACCGCCAGCUCCAAAGGAGCCCAAGCCCCACCAUAGCUGCUGUGACAACGAGCACCACCACCACCACAAAUCUCCACCGCCAACGCCAUCCCCACCGCCGCCAGCCCCAAAGGAGCCCAAGUGCUGUGACAACGAGCAGGACCACGAGCACCACCACCACCACCACGAUCACGAUCACGAUCACGACCACGACCACCACCACCACCACCAUGACUGUCCUCCGGAGAUCCCAUUCUGUCCGCCCACCAUCAUCGUCACUGGCUGCGACGCCAGCGAUCCUCCCUGCUACAGCCAGUACGACCCGGAUCCUUGCUGCGGCGGCGGUGGAAGAAACGACUCGAUGGAUCUGGCAGUGCUCAUCGGACUGGUGAUCGUCGUCAUGGUCCUCCUAGCAUCACUCAGCUCCUCCUCUUCUUCCUCGAGCACCUCCGAGGCCGCUGCCGAGGCUAUGAAGGGAUUCUUCACCUCCAUCAUUGGGACGCUGGGAUCUCUCUUCCUGAUCAUCCUGGCGCUGUUCGCGAUCAUGGGCUUCCUCUGCCUGGUCGAUCCGAGGCCUUCCCAGUCGUGUAAAUGUUGAGUCAACCUUAGUCAGCGGUCCAGUCCACGCCUUAGUCAAUGAAACCUUUUCUUCUUUA